AAUGUCUAAGAACCAGGAUGUUAGACCACCUUUUUUUCCUCGAGAUGAUACACGUUGAUGAAUUGAACAGUUGUUGUUGAAUAUAUUGCGUUCGAAAGGAAUGCGUCCUUCUUUCGUCUCACACACUUGGAUACCUCAAGUUCGUAAGAUUUUUUCACAAACUAUGGCCUUCCGUGGGUGAUCAUGGUUGCGGGCCUUGCCGUCAUAUACAUGAUGACAAUCGGUGGAAUCUGUUUUCUCUGUCCCUUUUGUUUCUCUUUCUUUGCUUCUACAGGCAGGUUAGUUACCUUUCUGUUGUCGGUUGGGGUCGGUCAGGAACAUUUUUUGCACCAAAAAACUGAUGGAUGAAUCUGAAUCUGUUGCUCAGUUUGCGUUUUUGUUUUUCACUUUCUUAAAUUUUUGACUUUUUUGGUUCAUGCAUCCAUUGUGCGAACCUUGAGAGGUUCUUGUUGCGCUAGACAUGAGUGGAAGGUAAAGGUAUUCACAUUGAUCGACUCAAAAUCAAAAAGCAGCCCCACCUUCAAUCCCCUGGUCCCUUGGUCAAAUAGCUAACUGACUUACAGCGAAAAUGUCCGGACACGUGUCUCCUUCCACGGCAGAAGCCGCUACGCAAACACCAAUUAAGGCUCAGCUUUCAAUGGUCAUUGGGGUUGGUCACUGAGAUCGAAGAAGCGACCCCUUUAGAGAAUAGGGGAAAAGGAAGGGAAAGGGGAGAGCUUUGGAGGGGGUCUCUUCCGUUCAGCAUCAGUGACCAUUGAAUGCUGAGCUUUAAACCAAAGAACCUGGUAGAUUCAAAGACGCUCCUGUCUGCGCGUGAUGAGGAUGUUGAAGCACCUGAGGCUUCAAAAGGCAACGUCCUAUCUUCAUCACCCUCAAAAGAACCAGGCAUCAAAUCACGUCCUUCAUUCGUAAUCGACGUACAAACCGACGACUCACAAACGAUUACACAGCUGGCAUGUAUAAACCUGCUCACAGGAGACGAGCUGCACUUGAAUAGAGGCGAUUUUGGCACGAUGUGGCAGCGAUUGUCGGAAUUCGCACCUGGCAACGCGGUAAGGCAAACUUUCGAACUUCAGCUUUACUUAUUAAGUACACCUGAGUCCGUCGCCUAUGAUUUACGAUAUUUCUCAGCACGCAGCCUUUUCUAUUAUAGCAGUUAUUUGAAAAUAAGAUUAAGAACUAACAUAUCCUUGUUGAUCGCUAUCCCACUCAAAGCAAAACAGGUGAUCUUCAGCCACGGCUCCGCCAGAGGUGUCAUCCCUUUCCGACCACGCACUGAGGUUGCUUUGGAAAAUAAUUUGAGAAUUUUUGCUACGUCUAAUUCGUCAAAAAUACCCGCAAAUUGGGAGUUCAGAGACACCAUGAAGUUUGCGAACAAGGUUUGUCGCGAAUCGUGGAAAAAGAGUCAUCGGGUCGACGAAUUUUGCAGCUAUUUGAAAGUAAAUUUGGGCGGUCUAAUGAACGACGCGUUGAGAGCGGAAGCGGCAUUGUUAGGUGACGCAGGAGUGGAGGAUCAGAAUGUAGUGAACAACUUGAUAGCCUUACAAAACGCGCGUAUGCUAGCCGCAGCAUGUGGAGCAUAUUUUGAGUGGGAAUACAAACGCACCGAAUCAGUAAAACGUGCAAGUUUGAAAAGCAAGAGGACAAGGGGAAUGUGA